AUUUCACGAAAUAGAACUUUGCACGAAAUGCAACUUUUACGAGAAAGGAAGUAGAAGGCAAUCCGUCUUCCGGUCUCUCACGUCCUACAACGGGAACAUGGCUGUGGCAACUCAGAAGCAGAAAAAGGUUGUCAAGGCAGGGCAGAAGGCGAAGGGUACCAAGAAAAAGAAGGUGCAAUGCAAGUUCCACGUCGAUUGCACACAUCCAGUCGAAGAUGGAAUUAUGAAAGUUGCAGAAUUCGAGACAUACCUCAAGGAGAGGAUAAAGUAUAAUGGCAAGACCAACAACCUCUCGGGAGUCAUCACCGUUGACAAGGACAAGAACAAGGUCUACGUCUCGGCUGAAGUCCCAUUUUCUAAAAGGUACCUGAAGUACCUGACAAAGAGGUACCUAAAGAAGAACAACCUCCGUGAUUGGCUGCGAGUUGUAGCAACUACGAAGGACGCAUUUGAGCUGCGGUACUUCCAAAUCAACAACGAGGAGGAGGAAGAUGAGGAAGACAAUGACUGAGCAGAGUGGUCUUGCAAUUGGCAUCUCAAUAAAAACACGUGUAAAGAAAAAUU